AUGGACAUUAUAGAGAAAUUGCCAGAGGAAUUAAUCCUCAAGGUACUAAAAUCUAUCGGUAUAGAUGACAUCAUAACACUAGGUAAUUCCACUUCCAGUGCACUGUUGAAGAAGACGAUAAUUUCAUAUUUUUCAAAACUUUCAGUAUGUGUAAAUAAUCGGAUCAAAAACUUAACUCAUUUGGGGAUGUAUAUUUUAACUAAAUCAUAUUUAUCUAAGGGAAAGCUACAAUUAAUUCAUGACUUCAAAUUACUUUUCGAACUAUUCAGAUUGAAUGAAGCUACAGGAUCAACUUUGCACCAAGAAAUAACCAUAACGUACUAUAUUUGGGAUUUAGUAGAUUUCAAUCAAUUCUUGAAUAUGGUAUUAAGUUUGAAGGGAUUUGGUCAAAUGACAUUCAAUUUGGAAUUAGAGUUUGAUCCAUCAAUCUUAGGAAUAAUAAAUUUGAACUUUUUAUUCGAAAUUUUGAAUCAUUUAAAUCUUUUGAAAUCAAUUACUAGUUUAUCCUUAACGAACUUCCUUGGUGAUUUCGAUUUUGAUUGUACCAAGUUUGUAUCUUUGAAAAGAUUUUGGGUUAUCAAUUCUGAUAUCAAAUUCUCCACUCCGUUGAGUCAGAGUCAAAGCUUACAAGACAUUAAUAUAUUUCCUAACGUUUAUGGAUAUAAUAGAAAUCGAUGGAUAAAUUUGAAAAGUUUACCACCAAAUGUGAACAAUCUCACCUUGGGGCAUGUCAUACUAAGAGGGUUCUCAAGUUACCCAAGUUCGUUGAAGUGUAUCAAAUUGAAAUAUGUAAAAGACUUGACUGAAGGUAAAACCAUGUUGAACUUAAUAAAGGCAAAUACCCAGUCUAAAUCAUUGAAGAAACUUUUCAUUAAUGACUUAAUCAAUGUUAGUGACGAAAUAAAUCUCGAACUAGUUGAAGAGAUAAGGAGCUAUGAAUCAUCCCUAAUAGAACUUUCGAUUCAAAAUUAUUUCAAUAAUAAUAACGAUGCAUAUGACGUCAAUGGAAACCAUAACCUUGAGAAUUUAGUUAGUCUAAGACUUUCAAAUUCAGUAUUUUCGUCAUGUAAUAGUGACAGUUUCAAUAAGGUCGUAAAAUUGAAUAUCACUAAUAAUAACAUGAAGAAUAUAGGAAACAUUCUUAAAAACCAAGUCUUGAAGGAGUUAUACAUAUCAUACAACCCCAUUGAUUGGUCUCAAGAUAUUAAAUGGCCACCUCAUCUUAUAAGAUUGGAAUUGAGAAAUACUGGGUUGGGGGAAAACUUACAUAAAUUACAAUUCCCCGAUUCAAUCAAGAUACUCGGAUUGGAAGUAAACGAUAUUAGAUCAGUUGAAAACUUUAAAUUUCCCAAGAAUCUUACAAAUUUAGGUUUAGGGUCGAACAGAAUUGAGUAUAUCAAGAAUCAUUAUUUACCUUCAAAAUUGGAGAUUCUUCAUUUAACAGAAAAUCUCAUCAAAGAGCCAAUAGAUUUCAGAUAUAACGCAGAUGGGGAAAAAUUGCAAUUGAUUUCGCUAUACAUUAACAGCAAUUCAUUCAAUUCAUUAAAAGGUUUCAAAUUCCCUGAAACCAUUGGAGCUAUCAAUUUUGAUGAUAAUCAUCUCAGAGUUUGCAAAGAUUUGGAAUUUCCUGAUAGUUUAUUCGAACUAAGUCUUGUAGGAUGUAGUCUAAGCGAAGUAGAUUUCAAAUCAAAAAAUCUUAAUCUUUUAAAUUUAUCCAAUAAUAAUUUGAAAUCCAUCAAGAACUUGCCCAAAAGCAUCAACCAAUUAAUAAUGAAAUUCAAUAAAUUUGAAAGACUAGAUUUCAAAAAGUUUCAUGAGUUCACUCAAUUGAAAUAUUUAACUCUUGGUAAUAAUAAGUUGAAGAAGGCCAAAUUUACUUUCAAUCAUGCAUUAACCAAUUUAGAUCUUUCAAACAAUGUCGUUGACGAAUUGGAAUUGGAUUUCGGUAAACAAGAAGUUUCAACCAAUUUGAUGUCUAUAAACUUAUCAGGUAAUAAGUUGAAAUCUUUGACAAGUAAAGAUCUAGGUCAUAAAUUCCCAGUGGCUCAUAACAAUUUAUCAGAGAUUGAUAUUUCAGAUAAUCUCAUCAAAGAGAAAGACAUUCAAUUGAAUAGCUUCCCACCUAACCUUAAAGUGUUUAUCAUUGGUCAUACUGGAUAUCAAGAUCAAUUUGGAUAUAACAUCGGGAAGAAUAUCAUUGCUAAUCCAUUAUGUACGGGAAAGCGUAUAGAGAGUUAA